CUAGUUAGCUGGAGGAGUUCUAGCGCCCUUGCACUUGGGGGGCAGCGGUUGGGAAUUGAGGGAGUUCUCUGACCUGGGAGCCGUAAUUCAGCUUUAAGACUCGGUUAGACACAGCGGGAAUCUGCUCGAAGCUCUUCCAGCAGCAGGUGACCGAGUCGCUUUGGUUGUAUGUGCUCAGCUCUCGGAUAUAGUGGGGUGCGCACCCACACAAGACAUCCCUGUUGUACUUCGGCUUCGUGUCCCUGACCUGAUCACCCCCAGGAGAUUGUAGCCGCUGGAAUACUGUCCGCCAUCAAUUGCCGGGGGAGCGAGUUUCCCUGCCUGCCCGCACCUCUUUUGUGUGUUGCCCAUCUCCCGACCCCAGCACUCGCGCUGCUUGUCACUAAUGGAUACCGCUUCCACUUCUACGUUUGAUUCCGAGGAUGGCACUCCAAAUUACAGGAGGAGGCGCACUGUGGAGGAUUUCAACAAGUUCUGUACAUUUGUUUUGGCGUAUGCUGGUUACAUCCCAUACCCAGAAGAGGAGACCCCUCUGAGAGCAAGUUCCAGCCCUCCAAAUAGCACAGGCAGUACUGUUGACAGUGAUAGCUGGGACUCGAGAUACCAGGACCUUCCAUCAAGCGAUGCUUUGCCACUCAAAAAGAGGAAAAGCUUUAGUGACCUAAAGCAUGAGAGGAGCUAUCCCCCUGUGCUCAAACGAUCCAAACUGAGCUCCUUUCUGCUGGACAGGAAGAAAUUAGACAAAAUCAAGAAGAAGAAAAAGCUAAAGAAAAAGGAACUGGAGGGGCUCAAGCAAGAAGAGCCUGUAAAACCUAUAAUAAAACAAGAGCCAGUAGAGACUCCCAUAGAAGAGAGUACUCCCAUCGAUCCCAUUGCUCCUAUCCCGGAUGAGCAUUUGGAGCUUAAAAAGUCACCAGCACACGAGAUACAGGAACCUCUGCUAGACAAUUGCCCCACCAGCAUGGACAGUCCCUCUGUAUCAAUGCCCUAUGAGGAUGCAGAGGAAAUAAAGAAUGAGUAUUCUGAGGUAAACCUGGGGAAGAGAACAGUUAUUCGACAGGGGAAGCAAGUAGUCUUUCGGGACGAAGACGGCACAGGAAAUGACGAAGAUAUUAUGGUUGAUUCAGAUGAUGAUUCGUGGCACCUUGUAACCUGCUUCUGCAUGAAGCCUUUUGCUGGGCGACCAAUGAUUGAGUGCAACGAAUGCAACACUUGGAUUCAUCUCUCCUGUGCCAAAAUCCGCAAGUCCAACGUUCCAGAGAUCUAUGUUUGCCAAAAGUGCCGCGACACCAAAUUCGACAUCCGACGAUCAAACCGCUCGCGUAUGGGCUGCAGGAAAUUAUUUCUGGACUAGCGUUGUUCCAAACAGAAGCGUGUGCCCACGGACACAAAGUAGCACUAUAAGCACACGGGUCAACUCCACUGGGCGACAGACAUUUCUCUCGGAUACUCUCUUCAAAUUCAACAAUAACACACAGUUUGGUUUAAUCUGGGCACCAACAUGCAGGUGAAGAUAAUCGUGCAUUUCUUUCAUGGCCCAAGUACUUAGCCGGGAUUUACCUCGAUCCAAAGUUUCCUUGUACUGUGUCUUGUGUUAUACCUUAUCUGUUCACAGGUGAUAGUGGUGGGGGGGGUGGUUUGAGCAAUUUUCUCCGGUUACUGUGAUGGUACGCUCCGCGUGUUUGCACCAGGGGUUACUCGCCAAGGUUUAGGAUUAAACAAUACUUGGUCUCUCCUCUGAUAAAAGUUAUAAAAAAAAAAAA